AGAGAUAUGAGAAGUAAUAUAAAGGGUGGAGUUUGGAAGAAUACAGAGGAUGAGAUUCUAAAGGUGGCCGUGAUGAAAUAUGGCAAGAAUCAAUGGGCUAGGAUUAGUAGUUUGUUGAUAAAGAAGAGUCCUGCACAGUGUAAAGCGAGAUGGUAUGAAUGGUUGGACCCAAGCAUCAAAAAGACAGAAUGGAGCAAAGAGGAGGAGGAGAAGUUGUUGCACUUGGCAAAGAUCUUUCCGGCGCAGUGGAAGACGAUCGCGCCGUUGGUAGGCCGCACUGCAUCACAAUGUUUGGAGCAUUACAAUCGUUUGUUGGACGCUGUACAGGAGAAACAUGCCGGCGAGGACGAUCCACGUCGUCUGCGUGCGGGCGAGGUCGAGGCCAACCCCGAGACCAAGCCAGCCAAGCCUGACCCCGUCGACAUGGACGAAGACGAGAAAGAGACACUGUCAGAGGCCAAAGCACGUCUCUCCAACACACAGGGCAAGAAGGAGAAGCGCAAGUUCCGUGAGAAGCAACUUGAAGAAGCAAGAAGAUUGGCAUAUCUACAAAAGAAGCGUGAGCUCAAAGCUGCUGGUAUAGUACUACACGAGAAGAAGAAGAACAAAGAGAAACGAUUCGAUUAUGCUCAAGAGAUACCAUUUUAUAGGAAGCCAAUGGCUGGCUUUUAUGAUACGGCAGCAGAGAGUGUUGUGGAUCCGAGAAAGGACAAGGAGUUUAUCAAUCAGCGAUUGUCAAAGAUAGAGGGCGAGACAAAGGCCGAACAACAGGAGCGUGCAAACAAGCAGGCCGACUUGGACAAGAAGAAGAAGGAGAUGACCAACAUGCCCGGUCUGAUCAAGGAGGUCGCCAAGAUGAACGACCCAGAGAUGACGAGGAAGCGAUCAAAGCUCUUGCUGCCCGAGCCUCAGCUCACUGACGACGAUUUGGCAGAGAUUGCAGAGUUUGAAAAGGCCAACAGGAAUGCAAUGGUCGCGGGCGAUCGCUCGGCCACUGGUGCUCUGGUGGGCACCAUGCGUCCACCCACUGAGCUGCCCAGCUCCAAACUGGUGGCCCGUACACCAAUGCGAGAGGAUGUCAUCAUGAUGGAAUCACAGAAUUUGUUGGCGAUGGCCAAUGCACAGACACCUCUCAAAGGUGGCGCUAACCCCAAGCUCCACCCAUCAGACUUUAGUGGCGCCACGCCCAAGCCUAUGGUGGCGCGCACUCCCCUGCGCACACCAAACCCCUUGGCACAAGGAAUCACACCUCGCAAGGACCACCCAGUUGACAGUGUCGAGGACCGAUCGAAUAAGGCACAACACAAACAGUCGAUUGCCACAGGCUUGAAGAAUCUCCCUGCGCCUGAGAGCAACUUUAAAAUCAGCUUGCCUGACGAACCAGCGCUGGAGGAUAUCAACGACGAUGAGCAGCUCGACCUCGAUCAAUCAGAGACUGACCUGCGGGCACAGCAGGAGCUGAAGCACAAGGAACAGUUUAGGCUGAGGAAUCGUAGUAGCACUCUAAAGAAACAGUUGCCGCGAGCCAGGACGUUGGCGUACAACAAUGUGGAACACUGCCAGCCACUGGUGGCGCCCAGUGGUGGCGAAGAGGACAUUGACGAGACACUACAGAAAGGCAUCGAUCAAUUGGUUAUCAAUGAGAUUUUGGCAGUCAUCAACCACGACAAUCUGAUGUUCCCAAUGGAUGGCGAGCGACCAGACUCAAACCUUCAGUCGGACUUUAACUACUUCUCGGACAAGGAGAUGGCUGAGGCACAGACACUGAUCAAGAAGGAGAUGGAGGCGAUCAGAUCGCCACUGACCAGCGAGCAGGUAGUCGAACACUUUGUAAAUCCCUGGGAAUUUGUACACAGCAACUACGUCUUUAUCGAGAGCCAACAGCAGUUUGUCGAGCGCGCCAAUAUCAGCGCUGAGCAAAUGGUCGCUACGUUGCAGGCCGAGUUUGACGCCAUCACCAAGUCCAUCAAGAAGAACGCCACACGCGCACAUACCACCGAGAAGAAGCUCACUGCUGAGCUGGCGCCUCUGCAGAGCUCGCUGGCCACCAAGGCCAAAGAGAUGCAGCAGUUGAUGGAGCAGGUGGAGCAGAGCGAUAUCGAGCUAGAGUGUUUCAAGCAGCUGAGGCUGCAAGAGCAGCGUGGCGUAGAGUCCCGUGUCAAGCAUAUUCAAGAUCAAGUGUAUGAGCAAUGUGAUCGUGAGAACCGCAAUCAAAUGAAGUAUGCCAAGUUGCUCCAAGAGUUGAAUGAACUAAAAGAAGGAGUUGACGGUCACAGCAACAACAACAACAACCACAGCAACAACAACAACAAUAACAAUCAUAAACAA